AUAUUAAAUUUCUAAGUUUAUUUAUUUGUUAAAUCGUGAGCUGGUGAACCCAUGGGCAAGUUUGUUACAACAUAAUAGGCUUAUUAUGGCAUCAUAAUCUCAAAUCAAUCAACCGCGACAAAGCUCUCAUGGGAUGGAUCAUGGUUGUACAAAUAGGAUAAUACUUCAUUUAUUAUAACUCAUGAACUCAAAUUACCCGUCGAACUCUAAAUUGACUUUUCGUGUAGGUCAAUUACCGUCUCAAGUACCAAUACUCUCCAAUGCAAUGGAGUAUGCCAACAAAUCAGACACUUCAAGUGUGGAUGCUUCUUAUCUUGUCGAACAAUCAUCUUAUGCCAACAAAGUUGACUAUGAAACGGAUUUACUUACGGAAAAUGGAAUACUAGUAGAAAAUAAGCCAUCAGAUCCUAUGCAAAACGAAAAUUUUGAACCUACUUUAGAAAUAGUAGAGCCAAGUGACAUUUUACAAAAUGAAAUUAAAAAAUCGUCUAAAAAAUCGAAGAAAACAGCAAAGAAAACGAAAAGAAUUGAAGAUCUUGACAGAAGUUUGAGUAUUUCUUUGGAAGAACUUCUACAAGGAGUAAAUAACCAAGAAAGUCCGCCAGUUAAUCUGACUAAAAACGAUCAAAAAAGUGACUUUAAUACAUCAAACUUUGAUUCACCCAAUUUUGCUGAGAAUGAACAAAUUUCAAAUGAUUUAGAAACUGUUUUUUCCGAAGAUUACAUAAAAGACGACAAAGAAAAUCAAAUUUUCAGUUUAACUGUGAAAACUCUCGAUGACAGUGAACCGCCCACAAUUGGCGAAGCCAUAAAUAAACAAAUAUUGCCCUCGGCAAAACAACCAACGAAUUUUAACAAUGACGAGACAGAAACGCCACAGGAUAGCGGUAGAGUAAUUCCUUUUGAAAGAAAAUUAGAUUUUCCUGAAAUUACGACACAAUAUCGAAAUCAUGAUAACGACAAUGACCUUUCACCCACAAGCCAGGAAGUAAACAGUAUUUUACACAGCGUUUUAGAAAAUGAAAUUUUCUUUCCAAGCCAUUCUUCUUCUGUUUAUACAGAACCAUUAUCGCCUGCCUAUUCUAAAGAGGACUUAUCAUGCAAUGCGAAUGAACAAUUUAACACUGAACAAUCCGAUUUUAAAUUAUCCGACUCAAAGUCAAAUUCUUGCCAAACCCCAGAAUAUUGCAAAGAACUUUCAAGUUUGACAAUUGACCUUCCUGUGAACAAGGAACUUGACAAUGAGGAAGAAGACAAAGAUGGAUUUGUCAAAUUAAGCCGACCUAGAUGUGCAAAGGAAGUUCGUCAAGAUGUUUUAUAUUCAGGAGCUGUUACUUAUCCAGGCUGUUAUGACAAGAAUUGUCGACCCGUGAUUUUUCUACACUGUGACAUCAUAAAUGAAUUUCAACAUGGAAAACUUGAUAUUGCACGAUUGAUGUUGUAUUUUGUAUCAUCGGCUUCAUAUGUCACUCUUGUUAUUAGUAUUCGACAUGAGGAAAACAUGGAAACCACUAUGGAUUCUGUUUCUUUGUUUCAGGGGAAUCGACCCGGCAUCAUAUCAAAGGUAAUAUUUCUCGCUGAAGACAAAUCUUUACAUCCGGAGUUUGAUGCUAUUAAAGCUGAGCAUAAUGUCAUCCACAGCUAUGGAGAACUCCUUGACUUCAUAGAUGUUGAGAAUUUACCGCUAGCCUUCGGUGGAUUGAAGGAGUAUGAUCACAAACUAUGGGUACAACAGAGGCUGGACAUCGAGUCAUAUGUACUACUCUGCGAACGUCUCGAACACAACUUUGCAAGCAACACAGUGUCAAUGACAACAGCGACAUUGCCGACUACAUUAAACGAUACUUCAGAUAUGUUGAACCGACAUCGGUCAACCAUGACCAGUUUGCUUGACGACCCAAGAGUUCGUGACCUUCAUGAUUCGGGUCAUCGAUUUAUUACAGAUUUAAACGUCAGUGUUAAGCAAGAAAACCAAUCUUAUUCUGAUCGGAUUCACUCCAGUUAUGAAUCAGUUUGUUCUGCAAUUCAGAGAUUUGUCCAAGCUGCUGAUGAAAGAUUGCUUGCUCUUGAGCGACAUCUAUUGGUCAAACAAUUUGAAGAAUCCUGUGACAGAAUAUUGUCAUGGGCAUCUGAUCGUCGUGACGAGCUCCAUCAGAAAUUUGGAGAAGUCGCCGAUUCAUUGAACGAUUUGAGAAAACAAAGAGUGGAAUUCGAUCGUUUUUAUUUGGAAGUUGUGAAACAAUAUGCCCAGUGUGAUUGUUUAUUAUCUGAAGCAAACCAAUUAAGUUCGUCUGGAUUUCUCGGUAAAGUCAAUUCUCAAGCAAGAAACGCAGCUGAAAAAAUCUCGCAGGUUGUUCAAGAUAUGGAAAUGAAGAAAGAAGAAGUGGAAACCGCUUCUCAACUUUAUUUAUUUGUUGAUCAGGCAUAUUCCUGGGCAUUAUCAGGAAUGAAAUUCGUCGCUUCAUUGAGCAUGAGUGACGUCAUGACAACGGAUGAAUUACAAGAACAAAUCAACAAGUAUGACGAAUAUAUGACGUCACAUCCGCCUAUUCCUAACGAAGAAUUCAUGAAAAUGCAAGAUGUUGCGACGCGAUACAAUAAUUUGAAGUGUCAAAGGCAAUGCGAAAUAGCACAGCAGAAAUGCACUGAAACAAAAGACCUUUUUGUUAAAAGGAGAAAACUUUUAGUAAAAGCGAGAGACCACCAAGUACAAGAAAUUCGAAAGCAGGGAAGUGGUGCAGAGUCUCCUCAUUCAAAACCGGAUAGUAGUGACAUGAGCGAAAUACUAUCCGAUAGUUCAAACUCGAAUGAAACGAACUCCGUCACUACCAGUGAGAAACCGACUCGCGUAGUUUUACGUCAAAAUUCUGAUAUUUCACACAGACUAAUUCGUCCACCAGGUGGCAGUAAUAACAAUAAUAAUGGGGGUGUGCCAACAAUAGCGGAACCUAACGAGUCAGCGGCGGUGCCUUCUUCGAAACACAGACCGAAAAAAAUGUUACGUAAAUCACAAAGUAUGUCCAGUCAUCACUCGAAAUUGAAAAUCGGAUCACCGUUGCGACCACGGGAACCAGACACACAAGGCAGAACAAAAUGGAGCCUUGCAAUAGAAGAGUUGAUAUCAACUGAAGAAGAAUACGUCAGAUCAUUAAAUUAUAUUAUUGAGCAUUAUUAUCCGCUAAUGAAUCAACUUGACGACGUUCCACAAGCGUUGAGAGGAAAGCGUGGAGUUGUGUUUGGAAAUGUAGAGAAUAUCUGUGAUUUCCAUACUGGACAAUUCCUUGAAGCUCUUCAAGAUUGUCAGGACCAACCAGGCAGAGUUGCAGAAGUUUUUAUUCAACACCGUGAAAGUUUCAGCAUGUAUGCACUGUAUAGCAAGAACAAACCGCGUUCAGAUGAACUCAUGAGAGAACACGGAACAAGGUUUUUCAGAGCCAAACAACAUUCACUCAGAGAUAAAAUGGACUUGGCUUCGUAUUUAUUGAAACCGGUGCAACGUAUGGGUAAAUACGCGUUACUUUUACACAACAUUGCCAAGCACUCCGAUGCCCCAUACAGAAGUUUAUUACGUGAAGCAGAGUCAUUGGUCAAAUUCCAACUUCGUCAUGGCAACGAUCUACUUGCAAUGGAUUCGAUCGUUGGAUGUGACGUCAAUUUAAAAGAACAAGGAGAACUGAAACGACAGGAUGAAUUUUUAAUCUUCCAUGGACGACGGAAAUAUGUACGACAUAUAUUUUUAUUCGAAGAUUUAGUUUUACUCAGCAAACCGCAGCGGGUUCAUGGAGGUCAUGAUGUAUACCACUACAAAUCGAGUCAUAAGACUUCAGAGAUAGGUUUGACAGAAAACAUCGGGGAUUCGGGAUUGAAAUUUGAAAUCUGGUUUCGAAGGCCCAUGCAAGAUAAUAUUAUAUUUAACUCGUCAACUGAACAGAAGAAACAGGCCUGGGUUGAAGAUAUAAGGAGUAUAUUAUGGCAGCAAGCUUUGAGGAAUAAAGCCAACCGCCGUAAUGAAAUGGUGAACAUGGGUGUCGGCAGUAAACCCCACCUCGACAUUCGAUCGAGCCAAAGUCCAAUAACAGAUCGUUCAGUGGCUCCUGACAAAUUAAUGGGGGGAAGAGUACUCGUGUCACGCUCAAGAGCGUCAAUUGCAGUUUCUACGUUCGAGCACGCAUGCAAACGUCCUCAUUCAACCGUGUCGACGUCUUCUACGUCAUCAAAUGGUUCGUUCAAUUUAGCCUCACAACAGCCUGCGUCUAUGUUUGACUUCAGAGCGAUUGUCGAAGGAGAGGAAUACGAAUCCGGAUCUUCACUUUGUAUGUCGAAUAGUGAAGGUGAGCCACUAGAGGGAGCUGAAGCUCCAGGAGAUGGUUUGCCUCAGCAGUACGUGACGACAGUAUGAUCAAGUCGAAGAAUCAUAAUCUCUAUUUGCCACUAGUGAUUAGAUUCUACGUCUUUGAUCGUCCUCUAUGAAGGAUCUAUGACGUCACUGUGCAAUGACGUCAAGUACAAAAGGGCGCGAAAAUUACUCAACCGUGAAGAAGACAAAGGAACUUAUCUCGCUUAAGUUAGCUCCAUUUCACAGAAAAUCUUCACCAUUUCAGACUAGAAGUUUGUGAUGUAGAAACGACCGCGUCUAGUAACUGCCAUUGGUAUUUCAAGUAAAUGCAAUAUUUAACCGAUCGAGGACAUGCCCACACUCGCGUUUAGGUUAAUGUAUUAUAAGUUUCCGACUAUGUAGAUCCCUGUCUAGGGCAAAAUUCGAAGCACUGCGUAAAGUAGAAUUAGCAAAUCUUGAAAAACAAUCGGCUAGUGCAUACAAAACGCAAUAUUUCACCGAUUAGGUAACAGUCACACUCAUGUCUGACUAUUGUCUACUUUUCGACUACUUGCCUAGAUCCAUAGAUUACUCCUAUUAAAUGUCUCACUGCGUAGGAACCAUUGGGCUAGACCAUGGACCGGAAAUUGUCUAUAGUACCGGUAAUUGUUUUAUGAUAUCAUUUACGACUUUUGUUCAUUGAAUGAGAAAUAUUUAUCCAAAAAUACCAACUUUCGUUUUUAAGGCAUAAAUUUGACAUGUUCUUGAUGUGACUCAAAGAAUUCGCCCAUCCCUGGUUUAAAUCAGACUGCCUAUCAUUAUUUUCAAGAUUUAUAAACUACUACUUUAAAUAGAUAAAGUAUUUUAAUAUAAAAUCAGUUUUAUUUUAUUUUAACGCUUUCGCCAUUUUAAUGUUCCACUCACGUUUACGAGAAAGGCUGUAUUCAGCCGUGAUAAUAGUUAGCAGAGAAGAUAUCUUCCUGACAGAUUACUAGCUUCCCUUACAGUGUUGCUUUGAUUCAUUUCAAGUCUUUUAGCAAAUGAUCUCUACUGACAGUGCUUUUCGACCUUCUUCAGUUCGAAACCCACUUUUAUUUGCCAUUUUAUCUGUGUGAUCACAAUGAGAUAAUAUACAGGAAAAAAAAGAUAAUGCAUCCCCAUGCAAUUUACUAUUAAUGAGAAACAUCAUCUUGUAUAUUGGAUAUUAUGAGAUUAAUUCUGAUAAUGACGCAUAAUUUGAAUUGUUUCAUAUUUGACGUUAUGAUAACGUCACAAUCUCCCAAUCUAAUCAGAAACUGAAUGUAACAUUUAGAAAUACUUCGCGACCAACCUUAAAUAGUUUCGCUACCCACUGACUGGAAAGCACUGUCUUAGCAUAUCAGUUUGUCAUUUGCAACUACACUGCCCAACCUCAGUUGAGGACUCUGGAUCUUGCUUUGACCAAUAGUAUUUAAAAACGUCCGAAUAUAUUUAUAACACUUAAGAUAUUUAUAAUGAAAUACAAAUCUUCCUUUUAUGUUCGAAGAAUUUAUGCCAGAUUUAAAGCAUUUACCCCUAAGUAAAGUCCAUUGAAAAAUGAGGACUCGGUAAUUUUAAAAUCGUAUGCUAUAUUAGAGGUAUGUUGGGGGACAUGGGGUGGUAAUCGAACAAGAAAUCGUGGUACCCAUAUGAUUUAGCCGUCUUAUCGGCUUUCCUCUUCCCGAAAUAAAUAUGAAAUUUCCAGUAAUUGUCGCUGUAAACCUCUUGCCAAGAUAACAUAGGUGAAAAAAAGUUUUAAUGAUUUUGGUUUUUCGCCAUUUUAUUUGACGUAAUAUUCAUUUUAUCAUUUAUUUUUUAUUUGUUUUAUUCAUCUCAAUAGCAUUAUGACGUAAUCAUAUUAUGAUGUAAUUUUUCUCAUGAAAUAGAGCGGUCUUCGUCAUAUCUUUGUUAUUUUAUUUUUUCAUUAUAUAUGUUUAUUAUGACGCAGUGCUUGAUGACGACACAAUUUGUUCUAUUGCACUUCUUCGUAUUUGUUCGAUAAUAUUAAAAUAUUUGUGAACAAACAAUGCAA